AAAGCGAGCUGUGCUUUUUCAGAAGCUCAUUCAAGUUUUGUGUGUCGGAGAGUGCUCAUCUAUUGAUCUGUACGAGCGAACGACAGGCAUCCUUUGGGGAUUAAAUCCGUAACAGUGUUUCUUCUUCAGUCGUUUCGAGAGUGCACGUCACCUGUGGAAGAUAACAGACGAUCAAAACAAAAAUCGCUUUUAAGCGAAGACCCUGUUCUGGGAGCCUCCUUGAAGACCCAGGUAACAUGGAUGGAUUUUAUGACCAGCAAGUUCCAUUUAUAGUCCCAUCUAAUCAGAAAUCAUUACAAGUGGAAGAACCAUACUGCAGGCCAGUUAAUGACAGGAAAAGAAAGUUAGUGGAGACUGAACUCGCUCAGGAUACAGAAGAACUUUUCCAGGACCUCAGCCAGCUGCAGGAGAUCUGGAUAGCAGAAGCUCAGGUUCCCGAUGAUGAACAGUUUGUCCCAGAUUUCCAGUCGGAGAGCUUGAUGUUUCAUGGCCCACCACCAUCCAAGAUCAAACGGGAACUGAGUCCCUCCAAAGAGCUUUCCCCCUGUAGCCAAGACAGAAGUCCUAUGCCGUAUGGAGAGAAGUGCCUUUACAGCUACAGUGCCUAUGAAAGGAAGCCCACAACUGGGUUCAAGCCAUUGACUCCUCCCUCAACGCCCGUCUCGCCGUGUGGUUCCACCAACCCGCUUGGGACACGCACCCUGCGUGAACAGACGACGACUCCUGUCCCCAAUUCCACGUUAGGACAGCAUCUCCUUCACAGGCAGCCUUCAAUGACCAAGACCACACCCGGUCAGCCGGCACUCCCUCACCACUGCCACAGCCCUCCUUUUGCAGUGCCCUGUCCACCCCUGAACCGUGAUGCUCACUUCAAUAAUGAGCCUAGGUUUCAGCGACAACUUUCAGAGCCCUGCCUUCCAUUCCCACCCGCUGACACCCAGGGAAGACCCAACUUCAUGCCACAUGUCCCAAGCACUUCACCAAGAGAUGGCAGACCACCUUACCAUCGCCAAAUGUCAGAACCCCUGGUUCCCGUGCCUCCUCAGGGUUUCAAACAGGAGCUCCUAGAACCACGCUACUCUGAGCAGGGUGUUCCCAACAUGGUCCCGUCCCAGGCGGCCUUCCACCCAAUGGCCAUCAAGCAGGAGCCACGUGACUUCUGCUUUGACUCUGAAGUGCCUAAGUGCCAGUCUUCAUUUGGGAGGGCAGCAAGCUUCUACCAAAGCCAUGAGAGCUUUUCUUUUGACAGAGAUCAGCAGUUAUAUUAUGAUGACACCUGCGUGGUUCCCGAGCGAAUUGAAGGGAAGAUAAAGCAAGAGCCAUCUGUGUAUCGUGACGGUCCCCCGUACCAGCGCCGUGGCUCCCUUCAACUUUGGCAGUUUCUCGUCACGCUCCUGGAUGAUCCCGCCAACGGGCAUUUCAUUGCGUGGACGGGACGAGGAAUGGAAUUCAAACUUAUAGAGCCAGAGGAGGUGGCCCGACGCUGGGGUAUCCAGAAAAACAGGCCGGCCAUGAACUAUGACAAGCUGAGUCGCUCCUUGCGCUACUAUUAUGAGAAAGGAAUCAUGCAGAAGGUUGCUGGUGAGAGGUAUGUAUACAAAUUUGUGUGCGAUCCCGAGGCCCUCUUCUCCAUGGCCUUCCCAGACAACCAGAGGCCCAACCUUAAAGCAGAUCCCGAUGGCCUGCCCGGAGCAGAUGAGGACACGCUUCCACUGACACACUAUGAUGAUGUGGCUUCGUACCUGGUAGACGGAGGGGAGCAGUGUGUCUCUGGGAUGCCUUUCCCUGACGGUUAUGUGUACUGAUCAGCACCCUGAAAUGUUGAUCUGACUGACACACAUCUGUCCCUGUUGCCUCAACUUCUGAACUGCCCACUUCCAGAUUCACCCUCCCAAACGUAUAAAUGAAUGAGGAGAUAUCUGCAAGACACUUUCUCUCUGGCGUCAGUCGCUGGGAUGGGGGUCGAGGAUGUGAGCAAAGACGGUUUGCAGUGUUCAUGGCAAGCGGUCAAUGCCACAGGAAGAGAUGGUUGAGCUGGAGCAAGAAUGGUGCUCGAAGGACAGAGAGAGAUCUUAUUGCAAGAAUUGUAGCAAUUCUGUUAUUGACAAUCUG